AUGAAUUACCCACGCGCGCUGAAAAUAUUAGUCGUUGGCGGUGACAAGACUAACAAAUCCGCUUUAUGCAAGAUAUUAACGGGACAACCACCACCACAGAAUUAUAUACAUACCGUCGGGGUUAAUAUAUACAAAUCAAAUAUUGGUGGCCAGUCCAUUAUAUAUUGGGAUAUACCCUUCGCAGAGUACAAAUUGGGAAGAACGUUGGACUUUGCUAAAGAGAAGGUCGACGGAAUUAUAUUGAUGACAUUAAACGACGUGGAAAGUAGUUUUGACGCGGCUAAGGAUUGGAUGAAACUCUUUGCAAACGACAAAGUGCGCGUGUUGAUUGUCAGCGACACGAAAGACCAAAAGGACUCAAAGUUGGAAGAGCUUAAAAUGAUACACAAACAGACAGUAGAGGUCGAUGUCAAGAUGAUUAAUAUCGCAAAAAAGAAAUUUGUGUUUGAGACUAUCAACGACUUCAUCGACAAAAUUGUGAAGACUUCUGGCAACUUCAAGAAGGAAGUUAUGGAAGAAAGUGAACUUUCAUCUUCAUCUGCAACACCAAAUUUUAAAUGUUCGUCAUCUCCAAGAUUUUUCUCGUUUUCUCCAACACGACUUUCUAAUGCGUCAUCACAAGCUCAAAAACUUAACGAACAAUUUAUAGAAAAAUCGAAACAACACGUGGAACAGUUAUUUGGAGAGAUAUCUAAUUACAUUGAGGAAUUGCGAAAAACGAAAUUUGGCGAUGGGGCAGAAGAGAUUUACAAAAAGAACGAAUUGGAGCGUUUUGUUGGACACGUUGAGAUAGAAAAGACGACAUUAAUCAAAGAUUUUGACAAAUACGAAAAGAUGGUGUCUGACGGGGAAAAUAUCACAAUCACAUGCGAUGAUCUUCAACGACUGAUCGAGGUGAGAGAACACUGUUGGCAAAAGAACUUUGAGUUUAUAGGAUUUAAUUUCAAAAGAAUUAAAAACUGA